UGAGGAGCCGGCGAGCGGAGCGGAGCGGCGGGACGGGACAGAGCCUCAGCUCGGACGGGACAGGAGCAGGGAGGAGGAGGUCUCCGCCGAUCGAGGAGGUGUGACACUGUGCUGAGUCCCCUCACUGUGUGCAGCAGCACCAUGGCAGCUAUGGGACCUGAGUUUGGAGCUGGAGCAGGCACAGCAGGGACAGCAUCACGUCUGCCGGGGCCACAGGCCGGCAUCUCGACGACAGCACGCAACAUCACCGGGCCUGGCAUGCGGCAGACUCUGAUAAGCACACAGAGCUGUGUCCAGGCGGAGAAAGCGUUCAUAGAGCGCGGCCAUCACAAGAACAAAACAUCAGCCCACCUGCAGAGGGAGGGUGAACGAGGCUGGAGCAACCAGACCACUCCCCUUCAAACUGUUGGACACACAACGCAACUGAAGAACUUGUCGUCUCCUAGAGAGGCACCUUACAGCUUCCGCAGCCCAGAGUCAGUGGAGAUGGACGAGAUCAUGGCCGCCAUGGUUCUGACCAGCUUGUCCUGCAGCCCUGCGGUCCAGAGUCCUCCACCGAUGGAUCCUGGACCAGCUGGCUCGUCAUCGUCUGCGGACAUGGAGUGUGGCGGCGGCGAGCUCUCUGACAGCGGCAGCAGCGGCUACUGGAGCUGGGACCACGGCAACUCCAGCCCCACCCCGUCGCCGUUUGUCACAGAGAUGGAGAGCAGCCCGGACGAAGGCCUGCACAUGGAGCUGGAGCAAGGAGAGGAGCUUAACGCCAAAAAGCCAAAGAGCUCUUUCCAAGGUGUGUACAAGUGUCUGUGGCCCAGUUGUGGCAAGGUGCUCACGUCUUCAGUCGGAAUAAAGCGACACAUCCGGGUGCUGCAUCUGGGGAGUGGAUCGGAUCAGUCCCAGAGAGAGGAGGACUUCUACUACACCAAGAUCUCCUGUGAGAGCAUGGAUGCCAGCGCCGCUCCACCUCCUUCCCAGCAGCCUGUGGGCCAGACCCCGUCCCCUCAUCUCAGCUGGGCCUCCUGUGGUUCUCCUCCGUGCUCCGAGCUCCAGUUCCCCCCGGCUCACAGGCCCAGGUCCAACUCCAGCUCUGGGGUGGUCCCGAGCAGGCCCAGCCCCCUCAGCCAGUCGGCACCGAGCAGCUUCUGGCAGAUCCACUCCGAGCAUCUCUAUCAGGCCUGCAGCCCCGUCCAGGUACUUGUGGCCCCCAGGAACACCGCCUGCCAGGGGUGGACGCCCAUUGCCCCUGUCUCUGGCCACAGUAACACUCCAAUGGUGAAACCUCGCUGCCGGUCUGUGAGCGUUGGGGAACAGUGGCUCCAACAGAACAGGCUGCAGCCGAUGAGCGCGUCGCCCUCCCGCACUCACUGCUCCUUCAGGAAGGGUCGCGGCGAGGCCAAAAAGUGCCGCAAGGUGUACGGAGUGGAGCGGAAGGAUCAGUGGUGCACGGCCUGCCGCUGGAAAAAAGCCUGCCAGCGCUUCCCCGACUAAAAACGGAUCUGCUUGAUGAAGAGGGAGGGUGAGAGACAGAGUGGUGGACGGACGGAUGAGUGAAAGAGAGACUUUUAUCAAAGAGGAAACAAAUCCGGGCCUGAGAGCCAUCGAGAAAAACAACUCUUCUUUUAUUACAUGUUUUCUGAUUUUUUUUUUACUUUCAGCCUCUUUUGUUUGUUUCCUAAAAGAAUGCAAAUCCAGUUUUAUGUAUCUUUGUAAGUUGAUCCUGAGACGUGAAGUCUGGCGCUAACUGUUGACUGACUUUGACCAUGUGAUGUGCUAAGCGUACAGUACUUUAUCCAAAGGUCAUAUUACUGCCCCCUUUAGCUCCACCUUGUUAGCCGCUACUACGGCUGUUUUCUUCGUUCCAACCCUCUCUUCCAGUGGUUACACAGUGGUUAUGCUGUACAUUAUAUUGUAUGCUUUGAGUUACAUACAAGUAUUUUAUACAUUUUUUUUAAUUGUCUUGUUCAGCCCGUGUAUUGGGCGAAUUUUUUGGCACUUUGUUGGUAUAUAAACUCACAGGAAUAAGCUACAUUUGGUUUGACUCAACCAAGCUCCUUCCAUGAAAUGGAUUUCCUUCCUGCCCGUGUUGUUGGCACAUAACCAGUGUUGUGAGGUUUUACCAUAGACUGUAUAUAUGGGUUUUACCCGUGAAGCUAUGGAGUCAGGGGGUAAUGGAACUAGCAUUAGGAGAACGAGUUUGUAAUAGCAAUAAAAGAAAAAAAAAGAAAAUAUCUUGUCAAACACAUUAAAAAGCA